AUGCCCAUCCAGCUGAACAGUUUGCGCUGUUUCUGUCUGUCUGUCUUUCUCUCUCCCCCCUCUCCCUCUCUUUCUCUGUGUCUCUCUCCCUCUCUCUCUCUUUUGCAGGGAACAAGUGCGCAUCGCCUCCUCUUUUUUUCUGGCUCCUGUUCUUGGACCCUCCUCCGUGGAUCCACAGAGAACCGUGGGAAUUUUCUCAAACUCGAAGGAGAAAACCGAAACUUGUUUGCAGCUGUCGGAGGCUCAUCAGGCGUGAAGGAGCAACAGAGGUGGAGAACAUGUCACUCAUUGGAGCGGGUUGUGGCCCAGAAGAAGGAGGCCAUCGAGGCAGUGAUGGACAUGUUUGACAAGGGGGCAGAGGUGUUGGCCAGCGCCGUGGGCGAGCUCUUCCCCCUCUGUGAAGCCGCCGCCCCGGUUCUCCGCCUGGCCCUGGACAACGUCCACAGCAAAGAGGUCUUUUACGUCAAAGAGCAGUUCCUGGCGGUGCGGAACAAGCUGGACGUGCUCUCCACGCAGCUGGAGGACAUAGACUGCGAGAUCAAGAAGGGGAGGCUGGACUCUCAGUACUUCUCCGUGGAGGAGAACAUCAGGAACCAGUUCAGGAAAUACAUGGACAUCCUGGAGGCGAAACAGCAGUUCAGGGAAGUGAAGACGCGUCUUUUCCUGGAGCACUUUGCUAAAACAGGGGGAGAGAAGAACCUGUUUGUGUUAUAUGAUGCUCUAAUGGGCACUAACAGCUUUGGAGAAUCAGUUUUAGAGUUGGUGGAAAGGUACGUGGCGAGGAACCGCCGUCUCCUGGAAGAGUUCUGUGUCCGCAUGAAGGAACUCUUCUGUUUGGGCCUGAUCGCCCUGCUGGGCCACUGCGCUUUAACCCAGGGCCAAGAGGAGGAGGAGGACAAAAUCCAAGAGUGGAGCCGCAAAAUUGAAGAAGUAGAGUCCAGGAUGAAGACAACCAUCGAGGUCUGCACCGCUGCCUUCCCAGAGCAAGCCAAAUUAGACGCCCAGCGACUCCUGCAAGAGAAGGAAGAAGAAAACCUGCAGGACACGACUCAGCAGCUCCUGCAGCUCUUGGUGAAAAAGUACGAUUGGGUCAGCUGGUCGGUGCGGCUCAUCAACCACUCAGGCAGCACGUACCGCAACUGGCGAGCAGGGGAGCACUUUCACCAUGUGGCCGGACAGAACUGGUUCGAGGUGCUGCAGGUGAACAACAUCAACCUGGUGGUGUCGUACAGCGUCAAACCGCAGCCGGUGCCCCGCGACUGCAUCCGGCAGGUGAUGGAGGGUCAGGGGAAGAAGGGGAACGCCCCCGCGGUGGUGGAGGUGUUGGAGAAGCAGCUGUGCGGGUUUGUUGUUCACGCCGUCAGUCGCCACAAGGAGUCUGCAGCUGCCUGGAGCUUCCCAGAGGAAUGUCACUACUGGGAGAGACACAAGAACGUGGCCGUGUGCGUGCACUCCGAGUAGAGCUGUUCAGAUGGUGUAGGUUUGUGUUGCUCGUCCAACUCCAGGAGUUUAUCAGGAAAACUUGAAAGUACUUUAUUUUAAUUCAGUUCAAAAUACAGUUUUAGUCGAGCAUAAAGUAAAGCUCGAAGCUCAACCUGACAAAGAUGCUGAAAAUGUCACAAUGUUACAGAAAGUUUGAGAAAAAGAAAAUCUGGAUGAUCUGGAUCUGCACCAAAAUGUAACGGACUCUCCUCCGACCCAUAAUGCAUCACUCCAACAAGCUUUGUGUUAAUCCGUCCAGCAGUUUUUGUGUAAUCCUGCUGACUAACAAACUAACAAACUAACGCAGACAAAAAACAUAACCAUCGGAGGUAAUUAAAAUACAUUGUGAAGUAAAAGACCCUGAAAGUAUGAAGUACUUUAAAUUAAAUACAUUCAAACUUCAACCUCCAAUAUCAGAAUCAACAACUGCCCCAAAAACCUCUCAUCAGUCGGGCUCGAGUAUUAUCUGGUAGUGGUACUAUAGUAUCAGUAGUAUCAGCCAAUACAGUGUUUACCUAUGAUAUUCAGCUUUGCAGUGCAAUACCUAUCAGGUACAUAUUAUACAGAUCUUUUACUGAAUGCACUUUUAUUAUCCGUCAGUCUUUUUACAGUAGAUGUUUGAAUUAUGGACGUAUCCUGUAAAUGUAUUUAUUAAUUCACGCUGCAGCUGUUUAAAUAUUAACUGCUCGCAUGUUAUAAACCGCGUCGCUGUGUGUGUGUGUAUUUGUAGUUUUUGAGUUCCUGACCAGUUUGUUUCCAACUAAAAGAGUUUCUAUCGAUACACGUGAAAACAGGGAGCGUCUUUAUGCUUCUCCUGCACCUCAGCAUCUCGGUCAUAACCCAUCCUCCUGUGAGAAACUGCUUCUGCUCUGAAGAGAGGAUUUUUGCUGAGGCUGCAUCUGCAGAGCCGUGCUCCCAUUUUGUCUCGGCUCAGCAGACUGGCCCAUUUAACUCUGACAGGAAGCGCAGAGGUUACUUUUUCAGGCACGAGAAACAAAGAGGCUGCGAGUUUGGCGCCGGAGACGUGACAAUGUGCCUUGUGUUCCCCGACACAUUCAGACCCACUGAUGCCGGACCGAAGCUCCUGAACCUCAGAGCCACUGCUGCCUUCAACUGCCUCACGGGUUGUGUUAGAUUCCAGAGAUCUCAACUGCAAGAUUCUUCAUUCGUACUUUUUAUUUUUGCAAACGUUUGGUGAUAAGUGACGACUGCUGUGUUUGUUUUACUUUCCCCAACUAAACACGAGGAUUGUUUAUGUCCAGUUUUCGACCUGUGUGUGAUGAAACAAGUUCUUUCUGCGUGUUUACUUUUAUUUAUUUGAUUUCUCUGUACGUUUGAAAAUCACAUCAUUUGUUUGUCAUCUAUCAAUCUGCUGUCGUGUGAGGGACAAACCAAUAGUCAGGAAAGAAUGGAUGGAUGGGAGCAUUGGUUCGACUCCUGACUGGCUGGACAUGUCUCUCACUCCAUGUCCUGUGUCUCCUUCUCUGUAACUAUCACAAUAAAGACAAAUAAUCCCCACAGUUGGUCACAUUCAAUCUCUAAAACCAAAGAAAUCCUCAUAAUACAAGCGUCUGAUCGAUGGACGGAUUCUUUUUAUGCCUUAUGACAAUUAUUGACAAAUUACAAAUAAUUAAUGGACGUGCGAACAAGCAUAAUCUAAUAUCUGUCUCUCUUUUCUUGUACAAAUGUGAUUUACGCAGCACUGUUAGUGUCGCUGCCCAUUAAAACCAGGCAGUGCUCCCUCAGCAGCAGCGACUCCGACUAAUUUAAUGGAUAUUUACACAUAAGUCAGCAUUUCCUGACCGCAGCUCCACUCUCACGGUCCAUGAAUAACCUCUGGCCGAGCUAAUAUCCUGCAGACGAGCAGCAAAGUGCUUGGCUUUGCAGAAAGGUGCAUCAGUCAUAAAGCCUGGUGUAGGUGCAGAGCGGGCGGCCAUCAUGUGAUAUCUCAGAGGAUCUGGAGGGUCUGUAGCUGCUCUGUCGUAACACAAGCCUGCCAGAAUGCAUCAGCUUUUAUCUGUGACACACAUCGCAGUGCAGGAGGAAGUGGAGUGUGUUGAAUCAUCGUUUCUCUCUGUGUCUGCAGAGGAACGAUGGCGGCUGCCGGAGGGAUGAGGUUUGAGGUUUAGAGGCGUCGCUCAUGAAAAGGAAGCAGAUUUGUGCUUUGAACUGAUUUUAAGCCGAAAUCAUUUGAAUUUUAAAUGAAGGUGAUGUUCCAGAAAAGUGCUUUUUUGAUUUUCCCGUACAUCCAAAUUAUUCAUGAAUAAUGUUUCAGUGAUCGAAUCACUGGUUUCUUUUCAGCGCUGAGGCCUCAGCGGAGAAAUGUGUGUUAAAUAAUGUGUUUUGGGACAAAUUCAAAUUUUAGUUGUUCUGCAGCUUUAAAGAAAUAAUUUUGGAAGAUACACAUGCACUCUUUAAU